AUGGCAGCGCUUUUUCUCUGGUCUGGCAGGCACGACGAGUUUUCAAAUGGUCAGAAAAGGGAGAUUCACUCGGUGUCGGCGCUGAGAAAAAUCCCAAUGCAUGGAGGAGGCUCGGAUCUCGCAGCUGGACUGAACCAUGUCAUGCGGGGACCGAGGGGUUCAGAGUCUCUGUCUGAGAAGAUAGAUUUCACACCUAAAGGGGGGAAGAAGAGGGAAGGCAAACCAAAGGGGAGACGCGAUUCAAGUGACACUACAAAGUUAAACAUCCUCACUUUGGGCGCACUGCUAGAUUUCCAUGAGGAGGAUCAAUGUGUAGAAGGUGCUCAGUGUGUGGAAGUGGACACGUUUGACACACAAGAGGGAAAAAGGCUACCUAAAGACCACACUGAGCAGCAACUAGCCACAGCUUUAUUACAGCUGGAGUUUUUGGUACAAGUGCCAGGUAUUGCAGUUGAUGAGUUUUUACAGGAACUUAAUUAUUUACUCAACUCUGCCUCAGUUCCCACUGGUGUUGUAAGAGAUAUACUUGAGCGUCAUAAGGUCCAAUUUACAGAUGAUUUAGUUAAGGAUAUUAUAUCAGCUCUUUGUGCAUCCAAUCCAGUUUGCAGAGCCAUUGAAAAAGGGGGAUCUCUUAGCACUGUGCAUAGAAGGUUAAAAUACUACAGAGAAAAAUUUUGUGUUGUUGAACCAGUCACUUACCUUCUUGAUAAUAAAAAAGCAACCUUUCAGUAUGUUCCAAUAUUAAAAUUAUUACAACAAAUUUUAAAUUGCCAAGCUAUUCUAGAUAAGGUUAUUUCAAAUCAUAGAGGGAAGCGUGAGUUUAUUGUUGACUCCUCCUAUGAAUUUAAAUCUCCAGAGGAUGGCAAAUAUUUAAUUGAAAACGGGUUAUUGAAUGCAGAUGAAAUCAGGAUUUCUAUUCGCCUGUAUGUGGAUGAAUUUGAGAUUUGCAACCCUUUAGGCACUUCUAGAAAAAAGCAAAAACUCUGUGGUGUUUAUUGGGUUUUGGGUAACCUGCCACCAGGAUCUCAUUCAGCUUUGUCCUCCAUUUAUCUUGCUGUCCUUUUCAAAAGUGUUGACGCAAAAGUCUAUGGUUUUGAGCAAGUGUUACAGCCGCUCCUGCAAGAUCUUAAAACCUUGGAGACUUAUGGUGUGUUUGUCCCUUUGUUGGGCACAUCUUUUAAAGGUACAGUUCAGUGUAUUGUUUCUGAUAACUUAGGUGCGCACACUAUCGCAGGCUUUGUUGAAAGUUUUUCAGGUGAGUUCUUUUGUCGAUUUUGUACAGCUAAGAGAUGUGAUGUUGAAUCUGACACAGUUGCUUGUGGUGCUUUUAAUCUGCGGACUAAAGAACUGCACAAUGAACAUAUAAAAAUAGCUCUGGAAACAAAUAAUCAUUGUUUCGGAGUUAAAAGAGAGUGCAUUUUUACCAAACACCUCACACAUUUCCACGUUCUGACCGGUUUUCCUCCUGAUGUAGCUCAUGAUGCAUUAGAGGGUGUUGUGCCAGUGGAGUUGGCUUACUGCUUGUCAGCAUUAAUUUCAAAAAAGUUUUUUACUAUUGAUAAUCUAAAUAAAGCAAUAUUGGCCUUUCCAUACAAGUGGUCAGAUAAGACAAAUAAACCUCAUAUUGUGCCACAAAAUUUGUCUGCUCGCAAAACUGUGGGGGGAAACGCCCACGAAAAUUGGAGUUUGUUGAGGUUUCUCCCUUUUUUGAUUGGACAUUUAGUACCUGAAAAUGAACCUUCAUGGUUGGUGUUACUGGAUUUAAAAGAGAUUAUUGAACUUCUUGUUGCCCCAACACAUACUGAUGAAUCCAUUUCAUAUCUUGAAAGCAAGAUAACUGAACACAGGCAAAGAUACAAAGACUUGUUUCCAGCUGCCAGACUUUUACCAAAGCACCACUUUCUUAAACACUACCCUUAUUUAAUAAAGUGUUUUGGUCCUUUGGUUACACUCUGGACACUUAGGUUUGAAGCUAAACAUAGUUACUUUAAAAAAGUUGUGAAACAUACUAGUUGUUUUAAAAACAUUCCGCUGACUCUAGGCAUCAAUUCAUGA